UCCCCAAAAAAGAAGAACAUUCAAAUCAUACGCUUCGUUAGCGUCUUCCCACUCCAUUUUGUAAAUUUUCUUCUCGUCGAGCUUAGAAUCGACGGGAAUUUUCAGUCUAUGAUGUCCGUGCCGCUUAAUUCGGCCAUGGACGAAGUCCCUUUGGGUUCAUCCACUUGCAGCGCCUUCGCUGACGAAACCACCGACAACGACCGGGAAGAAAUCACGGCGGUCGAUUGGUAUCCGGCGAAUUCAAGCCGUACGGUUUACGACCUUCCACCGUGCAUAAAACGCAAUAGGAAGAAGAAGAAGAAGAAAAAUAGGGUUAUUGAUAAUGUCCAAGAACUGCCGUCUUCGUCGUCUUCUUGUUCUUCGCCCGCGAGAUUGCUGCAGAAAGGUGUGAAUUGCAAACGCCGACGCCCUAAGGUUCUAAUUGCUCAAUCGCGACGUGUCGAUGGCGAUUUCGAAAAUGUGGCGCUUUUACUGGGAAUGUCAUUCGCGGCUUUUGUUGCUCAGGUGAUUGAGAAGCAGAACAUGUCUGGUGAAAGGAUGUCUGUUGAUCACCUAUCGGUGAUUUGCACUUCAGCUAUAAGAGAAUCUUUGGUCAAUGUUUUUGGGGACAAGCUUGAUUGGUUUUUGAAAAAGUUUGAGAAAUCAUUUGGCAGCACGUUGAGAACUCUCAGAUCAAUCAGUGAAUCAUCCACAAAAACCGGAGUGUAUUUCUCCAGCAAAUGCAAGGAAGAAAAAAUCACAGUAGAUUUGACCCUUGCCAGGAAAAGAGAUAUGACAAGUAGUUCUAGUAUGGAAGAAUGUUGCUCGGGAGAAUCUUCUAGAACCGAUGCCCCUAUUGACCAAUUAAGUUCAAUUGAAGAGAAGGAAAGCGUUUCUGAUUCAUUGACUCGUGAGUUAGCUUUGUGUAGACUGACAAGCGAUGUGGCUUCUGUUGCGCCAAGGGCGAUUGGUUCCCAAAGCAAUGAGAUAGCACUCAGCACUUUCGAAAGAUCCAUUGUUGAACAGGCUCGUUCCAACGAUCUUAAGACAUUGGAGAUUAACCUUGCAAUGAGGAAAUUAAAGUUGAAAGAGACACAAAUUGCACUCAAUUGUGACUUAAACAAUCUCGAGAGAUCGAAAUUAGCAAUGGGCAUAUCAAAAGCCUCUUUUAAGGCCGAGAAAUUCAAGAAUCAGUUAGAAGACACAAGACACUCGGAACUUCUUAGAAGGUGCAUCGACUGUCUCGUUGCUGGUUUGCUUAUAAUGUCGGUGGGCCUCUCUUACGGAGCAUAUGUUUAUUCAUAUCAAAGAAUUUCUGAAGCUACUGCAGUCUGUACACCUUCAACCCAGGACUCGAAAUCUUGGUGGAUACCAAAUCCUAUGGCAUCUUUUAAUUCUGGGCUGCAUAUGAUUAGGUGUCAAGUUCAAGUUGUGAGUCGAAUGGCAUUCGGUGUCAUUAUGAUUCUUGCAAUUGCUUACUUGCUUCUCCAACGUUCAGCGACAUCAAACCAGGCAAUGCCAGUUACUUUCAUCGUCUUGCUGCUUGGAGUUGCCUGCGGUUUAGCUGGGAAGUUGUGCAUAGACACGCUGGGAGGAAGCGGAUUGCUCUGGCUCAUGUACUGGGAGACUUUAUGCUUAUUACACUUAUUUGCCAACAUUUUUACAUCUGCACUGUUUUUGAUCCUACACGGCCCGGUCGGGGUUUCUCAAGGGAAAAGUCGCCGCACGAUCUUCCCGUACUGGAUCCGCCGUGUUGUAUUCUACGCCAUUCUGCUUGUGUUUCUGCCAUUGGUGUGUGGGCUGGUUCCAUUUGCUGGGGUUGGUGAAUGGAAGGAUCACUUUUUUCUUCUCAUAACGGAUAUGUUUGCAGCAGACGGCUACUGAAGCAAGGAUCUCACUACCGGAUGCUGGUGCUUUAAUUUCGAGCAGAGUUACACAUUUUUAUCUGUAGAGUCCUCUUGACGAAUCCAAUCCACUGGAUUAUUUAUUUUGUAUUAAUUUUUAUAGGAGCCCUUUCUUAAUUUAUCUUUUUUACUUUGAGAUAGCCGUGGAGUUAAAUUGUUAAUUUUAUCAUUAAAGUGUUGCUACAUUAUAUUGUAUCAAUAUCUUGCUUCCUUCUUUCCUUUGA